AUGCAGGCGACACCUGUGCUCUCCGCCUCGGAGGCUGCGCCUGGCGCGACGCUCACCGGAUCCACAUUGCUUCAACAUGACACACAAGCAGCGGCAGGCUCGUCGAACCCAGCCAUAGGCGAGACCAGCAGCAAUGUUCAAGAGCAAUACCUCCUAGUCCUCUCCGGUCUCAUCGGCAGCGGCAAGUCCACCUUCGCACGCGCGCUAUGCGAGCACUUUCCCAGCUGGCGACGUUGCAAUCAAGACGAGCUAGGCGAUCGUCACGCGGUCGUCUAUGCUGCUCGCACGGCUCUCUUGGCUGGUCACAACGUCAUCAUCGACCGAACCAACAUCGACGCAAAGCAACGCAGGACCUGGCUCGAAUUGGCGCGAGAGCUCAGCACAACAUCCUCUGCGGACUUCAAUCCCACAAGCGGAGAGCCGAACGAUGGAGCAAGGAAGAUCAUCACCAUCUCUCUGACGCUCACCAUCUCCACUGGCGCCGCAGAGGAGCGGUUGCGCGUACGAUUGGACCACGAGACCAUCAAGACUCCCGAAGACGCUCUGGGGAUUCUGCCGCACUUCUUGAGAUCAUAUCAGAAGGCGAGCACGGACGAAGGCUUUCAUUACGUGCUGUCGUACCCUGCGGCGAAGAUGUCUAGGGAGCCGAGCGAGGCCGAGGUGAAGGAGAUUCUGUUGGACAGGCUCGGAACGGAGACCAGGGCGGAGGGCCUGCUGCCGGAUCGACCACCGCCAAGAGCGGGGGGUGGACGAGGUAGAGGUGGGCCAAGAGGGAGAGGCGAAUGGAGAGGGAGAGGUGGCAGGGGAGGCUCAGCGGUCUACGCACCACACCACCAGCAUCAGCCUUACCCUUCGCCGGCCGGCCAACAAGGAUGGUCGCAGAGCAAUAUUGCAGCCGAGUCAGCGAGUUUAUCGACGCAAGGCAUUUCAGCAACACCGCCAUCAUUUGCUGCUGCUGCCGCCUCGAUCCCUCCACCUUCUACUCAGUACGAAACGCAGCCUCAACCGCAGAUCUAA